AUGUUUACUCUUUAUGUAUGGGGUUCAGGUUUUGAUCUAGCUUCCAUUGAUCCAGGUUGUUUGACAGCUAUUUCUUAUUUUCAACUUUUUGUCUCAGAAGAAUGGUGUAUCAUUGAAUGUAACAACCCAAACUUAUCUUGGACGGGUGAAUUACCAGUUUUGAAAGACGGAGUAGAAUGGGUUACAGGUAUAAAUAAUAUAAUAAAAUAUAUGAAAAGAAAGAGAUUCGACGCUGACGAACAUUUGACAAGCAGGCAAAGAGCCGAUAGCUUGGCGCAAAUUGCUAAAGCAAGAUUAGAAAAAUAUGGUAUUGUCUCUGUUGGGGAUCGAGAAUUUCUUGUGGAUACGGAUAAGCAAUUAGAGAUGUAUAAAAUUAUCAGGAAAUCUUAUGAGGUAUUGUUGAAUAAAAUCGGCAAUGAGGAGUUUUUCCUUGGAAAUAAAGUUUCCACGCUUGACAUAACGAUAUAUGGACAUCUAGCAGUUCACCUAUACUCGGAUCUGCCAAAUCCAAAUUUAGCUAUUAUUCUCAAUACAGAAUAUCCUAGUCUUGCAAGGUUUUGUGAACGCAUGAAAAAUCGACUUUCUGAAAGGGAGAUUGUAAAAUUGCCGGCAAAUGAUCUUCCAUCUGUCUUCACAGGAAUUUUCAGUUCUCCUCGUACAUGGUUUAACAACACAUUCUGGAGAACUAGGAACGUAGAAAAAAGGCCAGAAAAAUCUCAAGCUCAAAAGGAUUUUGAGAGAAAAAGGUUGAUGUUUAUUACUGGAGCAGUUUUAUUUAUGGUCAUUCAUGUAGUCUGGAAUGGAAUCAUCAGGAUAGAAUUCACUGAUGUAGAUAGCGAAGAGGAGGAACAUGUUGAAGAAACAGAAGAAUAUGACGAGUAUGACGAUGAUGACGAUGAAAAAGAGUAA